AUGGACAGCUCUCGCGCAGAGUCGCCCGUGGACCGCCCUCACUACGCGGAACAGCUUCGCAAUCGGCGAGCGCGUCGGCCGGUCAGCGUCAAUCACCCCCACCAACAGCCACCCUUCCUCCCUCCCCGCAAAUAUACCGAUCCUACCCCCCAUUCCCGCUCCUUCUUGGAAGAGAAGGAAGAGCUCUCGCCCAAUCCUCAGCAGCUCGAUGUUGACCUGGACGCGUACUCCAUCACGGACGACGAGACUGUCCCGGGCGCAACGCUCAGCUUUGUCACCACCUCCACCGAGUCGACGACCAGCACUCCUCCCAUCGGCAAUGUCUAUGGCGCCUUCAAGCCCGACAAUAUCGACUCCAAGGAGCCUCGGAUACGUAUGCGCACCACCACUGGUCGUGCCAACGCGUACAGCUCCGCCGAGAGCAGUAUGGGCUCGGGCGCGUAUUCUUACCACUCGUACUCGGACAAUCACGUCUACCACCCUCACCCUCCUCCUCUUCCCGCCAUGCCUCUCGCCUACGCCCAUGAGGCGGAACGAGUCGGUCUCGGCCUCAACACGGUCCUCCCGCAUCGCUUUUCCCCUACCGGAAGCUCCAGCGGUCUCCCCGACUCCCCUGCCACCUCCUAUCAGCACCGUCCAUGGCAUCGCGACGUAUCCAAGCAUAUCCGGAACGAGUCAGCUUCGACGACAACCACGUCCUCGGGCUCGGAUGAUGGGCUGGGCGCGACCAGCUCGCCAGACGCCAUGACGUACCAUUUCAACGGGUACAAUCUGUCGGAUCAUAUCCCGUGGGGAGGCGUGGCGGCAGUGGAGAAGGAGGCCAAGGCGUUAUUGACGGUGGAAGAAGGGCGGGAAACGAUAUUUGAUGCGGUGCGAUUGGGUGCAAUGGGCGGCGUGGGCGCGUUAUCAGAUGAGGCAAUGCGGAGCUUAGCUGGUGACACCCACCUCGAGGAGCUCAACAUCAACAACAACCCCCUGCGCCAGCUUCCGGUCUGGAUGUCGGAGCUCGGCAGUUUGCAUGUUCUGGCGGUUGACGGGUGUGGUCUAGCGGGCAUACCAGCAGAGAUGAGCCAGCUCAACCACCUCCACACAAUAUGCGCCCGCCGAAACAAGUUGACCUCUCUUCCCGCGUGGCUCUGCCUUUUGAGCCAACUCGAGACGCUCCGCGUGGACGACAACCCCUUUGCUCCGGAAUGGUGCUCGGUCGUCCAGCCCAUCCUCGCCGGUCCCUCGCGUAUAGCCCGCCCUGCCUUCCGCGACACACCUCAGGCGCCCUCAUUGAGCUCAUCCUCCACCUCCUCGGUCCACAAGCUCGCCUCGGUCCCGUCAUCCUCGGCGGACCCUGUCCAGACGGUGUACGUUCCCCUCCGGCCAAUUGCAGAAGACAACCACCCCCACUCUGCGCCGCUCCGCCCAGACCCAAUAAAAAGUCCCGCCACGUCAGACUUUGUCAUACCCUUUGGCGGCGGGAAUCGGUUACGCAAGAUGCGGUCCGCGGGAACUCUGCUCAACAUCCGCUCGGUCAACGUUAGCUCCCCGGUCGACGACCACCUCCUCUCGCCAACCUCUGCCGGGCCGACCCUCCAGCCACCAUCGGCGGGACGGUUCGACGGUCUUGGUUCGGCGGUCGGGCGGCGAGCGAGUACCUCCACACACGAAGAGGAACCCGUCUCGGCAGGCAUGACAGCCAGUACCUCGGGCAAGUCUCACAAGUGGGGCUUUCUUCGGAAGAUGUCCAUGCAGCGGCUCCGGGGCGACAAGCCAUCGCUUACGGCGUCGGCCUCGUCCAACGUCAAGCUCAUGCCGCCUCCGCUCAAGCACAACGACAGCGAGCCCGGGCCGAGUCGGCCACUCCCACCUCGCCCCGCCAUGCUUACAGUCCAGUCCGCCAUGACGUUGCCCACGCGCCAGUCGGUCGGGAUUGAGGACGAGAUCUCUGAGUUUGGCGCUGGCUCCCGGCUCCAAGCCGGAACCCUCCCCGCCCCAUCGUCCUCCUUCUGGGCACACGGCGGAGCUACGGCCAGGAAGCCCAAGCGGAGAAGCUUCCUCCCUCUCGACAAUCCACCCACUAUCAACAUCCAAAUACCCUCCGCUUCCCCCUUCAUGCCCUCUGCUGAAAGCUUCCACGGCGACCGGAUGGAAGUCCUUCCCACCCUCCCCUCGGAAGAGACCAUCGCCGACGACACCCUCACUGCGUCGUCCUCCCUUGCCGACGAACUCCAGGCCAUCUCGGAUGCCGAUUCCGAGGCACGCUACGCGCAAGGUCUCGAGUCCAUCAAGUCGUAUCUUCGGGACUUGUUCGAUCUUUCGCGACCGGUCAUUGAGCCGUACGGCGGGUUCGAGAUGGUCCCAGAUACCUCGGUGUCCAAUCCCGGAAGCCCGGCGAGCGGCCUUCGGAGUAGCAUCGCGGACCGGCGGCGACAGCAGUCUAUCCUGGAGAAGCACCGAAGUGGAAGUCCUCUGAGCUUGGACACCGCUCCAAAUGAUCAGGAUUUCGCGCCGAGCGAGGACUGCGGGAAGAAGUUCAAGAAUGACCCGUCCAAGCGGGCGCGCAUCCUCAGGGAGAUCUACGAAACCGAAAGAACAUACGUCCGCGGUCUUGGCGAGCUCGUCAACAUCUACGUCCGCCCUUCCGGUCUCCCGGUCAAGCCUGGUCAGACCGAAACGGUUGUCCCCGCGGCGGAACGCAAGAUCGUCUUUGGCGGUAUCGAAUCCAUACUCACCAUUCACCGCGAAAACCUCCUCCCCGCGCUCGAAAAGGCCGUCAAGCCUCUGCUCGAAGGUACCGACGAUGAGGCGGGCGAGCUCUCCGCUCACACCGCCCACGUCGUCGGCGAGGUCUUCCGCACGUACAUCACGUACAUGAAGCAAUACUCGACCUACAUCAACAACUUUGACAAUGCACUCUCGCGCAUGCAGUCAUGGAUCGCCACCUCGGGCGCGGUCACUCCGUCUUUUGGCAAGUCGGGAAGUCCCACCAUCGCUUCCAUCGCCGGACUGGCGGCGUCGAGCGGGGCGGGCAGCGUAGGGAUGAGCCCCACUACCUCUCUCGGGGCGGACGGCGUCCCCCACUCUGGCGGUCACAUGAAUAAGGACCAAAAGCGCCGGGUCAAGCACUUUCUCCAAAAGUGUCGCCAACAUCCCCUCCACAGCCAAAUCAACCUCGAAUCGUACCUCCUCCUCCCGGUCCAGCGGGUCCCGCGGUACAAGCUUCUUCUCGAGGACCUGGCGAUGUGUACCCCACCCUCGGCGGAAGCUCGGGAUGCUCUCGACGACGCGCUCAACGAGAUCGCCGGACUCGCCAGCCUCAUGAACGAGGAAAAGCGGGAUUCCGAGUCCCGUCUCCGCCUCUACCACUGGCAGAAACGCAUCACCUCCCGCGGCCCCUCCCCUCUCGUCCAGCCCCACCGCAAACUCAUCAUUGACGGUACCCUCACCCUUAUCCGGCUCGUCAAAAAGGCGUCAUCCUUUAUCGAGGUCGACACCACCCUCAUGGUUGACGGCGACGCGACCGUCAUGCCUUCCAAAGCGGUCGUACCCGUCGAGCACCUCCACCCGGAACCGAUGGACCGUCAGAUGGCGCUCAUCCUGUGCUCGGACUUGAUGGUGCUUGUCCAGCCGAGGAGUGGGUCGGCGGAGGGGAUGGUGGAUCUGUACAAUGUGCUGCGGAUGAGUACCGUUAGGGAGCCGGCGAGUAUAGUGUAUGGGGAUGUACUCCGGGUCGUCGACAAUAAGUCCAUUUACUACUUUAGCGGCUCAUCACCUACCAACAUCCUCGAAUGGUGUCGAGCCAUCAACUCUGCUCGUAGAAGAUGA